AUGUUACUGAAAAACUUACACAGCUUAUUACAAUUGCCAAUUUUUUCGAGUGUUGCAGAUAAGGGCAUAGAACCAAACUGCCCUAUAAACAUUCCAUUAUCAUGUUCUAAUAAAACCGAUAUAAACAACUCAUGUUGUUUUGAAUAUCCUGGUGGGAUAUUUUUGCAAACCCAAUUCUGGAAUUACUUUCCAAGCAAAAACGGUUUAAAUGAAACCGAAUUAGUAAACGAACUAGGACCUCUAGAUUCAUUUACAAUUCAUGGAUUAUGGCCAGAUAAUUGUCACGGUGGCUAUCAACAAUUCUGUAAUAGGUCUUUACAAAUUGACGAUGUGUACUACUUAUUACAUGACAAGACAUUUAAUAAUAAUGAUACAUCCCUACAAAUUCCAGGCACAAGGCUGCUCGAAUAUUUGGAUCUAUAUUGGAAGAGUAACAAUGGUAACCAUGAAUCUCUAUGGAUACACGAAUUUAAUAAACAUGGCACGUGCAUUAGUACAAUUAGACCAGAGUGCUAUGCUGAAUGGGAAGCUAAUAGUGUUGACAAAAAAAGAGCGGUAUAUGAUUAUUUUAGAAUAACUUAUAACCUAUUUAAAAAAUUGGACACUUUUGCAACACUGAAGAAAAAUGGCAUUAUACCAAGUGUAGAUAAUUCUUAUUCUUUGGAACAGAUAAAGGCUGCGCUCAGGAAAGAGUUUGAAGGAAAGCAAGUCUUCAUCGGUUGUGAUAGACAUAAUACUUUAAACGAAGUAUGGUACUACCACCAUUUGAAGGGUUCGCUUUUGAGCGAAAUGUUUGUACCUAUGGAUUCGCUUGCCGUUCGAACAAAUUGCAGGAAAGAUAAUAUUAAAUUUUUCCCAAAAGGUUAUGUUCCACCUUUUAGGAGAAGGCCCAAUAAGGGAGAAGGAUACAGAGGAGUCGUUCGUCUAUCGAACAUUAAUAAUGGCGAUCAAAUGCAAGGUUUUCUGAUCAAGAAUGGACACUGGAUGAGUCAAGGUACACCGGCAAAUUACGAGUUGAUUAAAUCUCCUUAUGGGAAUUACUAUUUGAGGACUACCCAAGGGUUUUGUGACGUUAUUUCGUCUUCAUCUAAUGAAUUGGUUUGCAAAUUCAGAAACAUUAAGGAUGCAGGCCAAUUCGAUUUUGAUUCAACAAAAGGAGGAGACGGAUAUAUUGGUUAUUCUGGUAAGUACAGCUGGGGCGGUAACACUUAUCCAAGGAGAAGGAACCAAAGCCCUAUUUUUUCUAUAAAUGGUGAACAAGGUUCUAAGAAAUACGAAUUCAAAUUAAAAUUUACCAAAAAUUAA